CGCAAAGCGGAAGCCGGCUGACCUGAGGAGCGGGCUCUGGUAGGAGAGCGCCCGGCUGUUGGGCGGGUCCGAGGAAGAGGAGGAGGAAGAAGCCGCAGGAGCAGGGAGGGGCCGCUGGCUGUCGGUCGGUCCCUGGUCAGAAGCAGCGGCGGCGUCACCAUGGGGGGCUCCCGCGACGACGAGUACGACUAUCUCUUCAAAGUUGUUCUCAUCGGGGACUCUGGAGUCGGCAAGAGCAACCUUCUCUCCCGCUUCACUCGCAAUGAGUUCAACCUGGAAAGCAAGAGCACCAUCGGCGUGGAGUUUGCAACGCGCAGUAUCCAAGUGGACGGCAAGACGAUAAAGGCUCAGAUAUGGGACACGGCCGGGCAGGAACGAUACCGCGCUAUUACCUCGGCCUAUUACCGUGGCGCUGUGGGGGCCUUGCUGGUUUACGACAUUGCCAAACACCUCACCUAUGAGAACGUGGAGCGGUGGCUGAAGGAGCUGCGGGACCACGCGGACAGCAACAUCGUCAUCAUGCUGGUGGGGAACAAGAGCGACUUGCGCCACCUGCGAGCUGUUCCCACAGAUGAGGCUCGAGCGUUUGCAGAAAAGAACGGCCUCUCGUUUAUUGAGACCUCAGCUUUGGACUCUACAAAUGUGGAAGCUGCCUUUCAGACCAUUCUGACUGAGAUCUACCGCAUCGUGUCUCAGAAGCAAAUGUCCGACAGACGCGAGAAUGACAUGUCUCCAAGCAACAACGUGGUCCCGAUCCAUGUUCCCCCGACCACAGAAAACAAACCAAAGAUGCAGUGCUGUCAAAAUAUAUAACAAAUUUCUUUCCAGUGUAAUAUUAUCCCAGAUCCAAGAUGAAAAUAGAUCUUUGGAUUCAUGUCGGUAUUCCUUUGAUUCUCCCCCGCCCCUCCCCCCACAAUUUCAAUUACGUCUUUCUGGUUUUUUUUUUUUUUUUGCUGGAGUUCUCCAUGUCUUAACUCUUUAAUUUCAGCAUUAUGAAUCCUUCAUUGUUUGCAUGUGGCUGCAGCAUUAUCGAAACGUUAGUCUGGCAGGGCAAAUAUCACGACGGAUUCCCUUUCCAGUUUGCUGGCCCCUUCAGCAGAGAACCAGAUUAUCACCCGUUCCGUCUUUGCAGCUUGGAAUGCAAAUUGCGACACUCCAGAAAAUGUGAGUUGACUACCCUGGAGUUUUUUUUAAAAAAAAACACUUUUAUCCCCCUGAACCUCAAUAAGUAGAUGUUUCUCGAGGGACAGGCACUGUACGACUUGCUGCUGUGUAUUUUGUGGGCAGUCAGCCCAGUAUCCCACCCUUGAAUAAAUGUGGCCGAUUGAGCUAUGGCCUUUUUCACUGAUCCUGCUCUAGUAUUGGGGCUUCCUGUGAGACUGCAAUCGGCAGGUGAUACCGGUGAAUGGGUCCCUCUUGUGCAAGUCAUUCCAGUGGAGCAGAAGCUGCAAUCCACAACCCGUGAGGAGUCGAAGAAACGGCCUGCUUCCCCCCUGCCACCCCGUCCCGUUGCCGAUAAUAUUGCAUUUUGACGAUUGCAAUAGCAUCAAAGCAACAGCAGCAGCAUCUAAAAUUUUAACUGAGUCCGAAUUCGCUUCCUCAGGCAAAGGAGUGGCAGGUUGGCCACCUGCACUCUGGCAAUAGCUUUGUGGGAAUCAAGUCAACAGCAGCCCAACUGUGCAAAGCCCAGAACGGUGGGAGCCAGAUACCCAGAAUAAGAGUGCAAGCAAGAAUUGAAUGGCUCGUGCUCUUAUCUCGCUUUGUAGGUUUUUGUACAGCUCCCAAACAAGCCUUUGGUUCGCUUUGGCACGCAUGGCGACUCCUGUGCUCCUUUUCUGGCAUGGAGAAAGCUCAGAGAGGAGAGCCAUCACGGUUCCUCACUGUAAUGAAACCCCUUAUUUGGGAUUUUGAACCCUUAGCUUUUAAGACUGGUUUUGAUUCUAGCAGCCCCGUGAGCCAACCAAAGGACACUGGAAUGUGUGGAUUGGAGCGAGGCGGGAUUAAACCUGGUUUGUGGAUCUGCCAAGAGGACCUUGUCUUACCAGGCCUCUGCUAGCUGGUUAAACAGCGUCCCUCAGCCCGCUAGGGUUUUCUGACCGAAUGACAUCAAGGAGCCUAACUAGCAGAUGGUCUGUGCUUGGCUUUCUUGGGCAGACGUGGACUGUGGUGCCCAGUUUAAACCUUCUUGGCUUUCCAGACACCCUUGUGGUACAUUCCAAAUGGCUAGAACUGGCAAGCUGUGGAUGCUUCUAAAAGACUUUUCAUAUGGAUGGCAUUUUAUCCACAUGCACGUCAUUCUGUGGUAUUGGGAAAGCCAAGGAGGAAAGGGCCCCAGGUGGCCAAGGUUGGGGGACAAGGGGGGGGGCAGGAAGCAUCUUGCAAAUCUGUCACGGCCCAGAAUGCGUUCCCUCCUUCCUGCUUCCCCUACACCCACUCCCCCCCCCCAGAUGCGCUAAGUGCUGCAUUUCUUGGCUUGCCUGUCGGCCUUGCAGUGCUCAUGAUGUGUGAAGCGCACAGAAGGCAUUGCUGUAGUCCUGGUCUCUUUUUGUUUCCAUCUGUUUGUAGGGUUUUAUCUGUUUUCACAGACUUCCCUCCCCUUUCAUCUUCAUUUUGUAAAUUGCUUUGUUACUGUAUGCACAUUCUGUACUUUGAAUUUUUUUAAGAUUGAUUUAAAAUUAUUCAUUCAUUGAAAUUCUAAUAAAGAAUUGCAGGGGACUGUUGAAACGUCAUCGAGUGAACUUCUUUGGAGUUAGGCAGUUGUGGGUGCUUGGUAUUUUAAGUGUAAAACAUUGCAUUGAAGAUAAUAUGAAGGUGAUUGAAGUGACCAUUAUACGCUGUGCAGAUAUUGCUCAGAAUAAAUUAUGCAAAUCAA